CGCCGCCGCCGCGGACUGAGGGGGAGACACUCGGGGGGGAGCCAAUGACGUCGGGAGUUUUCCCGAAAGUCAAUAACUAGCCCGGCGGAGGCGAGAGCGGGGGCCUCGGGGCGGGCGGGCGAGCCACAGCGAGGAGCCGCCGCCGCCGCCCUCCUGAGCCCGUGGAUGCUGCGGCCGCGCUGCCCGGCCGGGCGCCUCCCUCUAUAGCGGGGACGCUCGCUCCAUGUAGCCGCCGCCGCCGCCGCCGCGCGCUGGGGCCGGAGCUGCUUCCCUCCCCCCCGCGGAGACACCGGCCACCGCCAGGGACCGAGCCCGGCGGGGGGACCGGGCAGGGGGGGGCGGGGAUCCCCCUCCCGAAGCCGCCGCGUCGUAGGCUGACUCCUCAGUAGAGAUUGGGAAGGGCAGCAGAAGAGAAGCCAAACGUUCAAGCUGAUAACUCAAGAGAACUUUUCUCUGAAUUGAGGGCUCAGAGUGGAGCCAUCAUGAGCGAUGUUACCAUUGUGAAAGAAGGCUGGGUUCAGAAGAGGGGAGAAUAUAUCAAAAAUUGGCGGCCAAGAUACUUCCUGUUGAAGACAGAUGGUUCUUUCAUAGGGUAUAAGGAGAAGCCUCAAGAUGUGGAUCUACCAUAUCCCCUCAACAACUUUUCAGUGGCAAAAUGCCAGCUAAUGAAAACAGAGCGACCAAAGCCAAAUACAUUUAUUAUUAGAUGUCUUCAGUGGACAACUGUCAUAGAGAGGACAUUUCAUGUAGACACUCCCGAAGAACGGGAAGAAUGGACAGAAGCUAUCCAAGCUGUAGCAGACAGGCUUCAGAGGCAAGAAGAGGAGAGAAUGAACUGUAGUCCAACAUCACAGAUAGACAAUAUAGGAGAGGAGGAGAUGGAUGCUUCCACAACCCAUCAUAAAAGAAAGACAAUGAAUGAUUUUGACUAUUUAAAACUGCUGGGGAAAGGCACUUUUGGCAAAGUUAUUUUGGUCCGAGAGAAAGCAAGUGGAAAAUAUUACGCGAUGAAGAUUUUGAAAAAAGAAGUUAUUAUUGCAAAGGAUGAAGUGGCUCACACUCUUACAGAAAGCAGAGUAUUAAAAAACACUAGACACCCUUUUUUAACGUCUUUGAAAUAUUCCUUCCAGACAAAGGAUCGUUUGUGUUUUGUGAUGGAGUAUGUUAAUGGGGGAGAGCUGUUUUUCCAUUUGUCGAGAGAGCGGGUGUUCUCUGAGGACCGCACACGCUUCUAUGGUGCAGAAAUUGUCUCUGCUUUGGACUAUCUGCAUUCUGGGAAGAUUGUGUACCGUGAUCUCAAGUUAGAAAAUCUAAUGUUGGAUAAAGAUGGCCACAUAAAAAUUACAGAUUUUGGACUUUGCAAAGAAGGAAUCACAGAUGCAGCUACUAUGAAAACAUUCUGUGGUACACCAGAAUACCUAGCUCCUGAGGUAUUAGAAGACAAUGACUAUGGUCGUGCAGUGGACUGGUGGGGCCUGGGAGUUGUCAUGUAUGAAAUGAUGUGUGGGAGAUUACCAUUCUACAACCAGGAUCAUGAGAAACUGUUUGAACUAAUACUUAUGGAGGACAUAAAAUUCCCUCGAACUCUCUCGUCAGAUGCAAAGUCAUUGCUUUCGGGUCUCUUGAUAAAAGAUCCAAAUAAACGCCUUGGUGGAGGCCCAGAUGAUGCAAAAGAAAUUAUGCGGCAUAGUUUCUUUGUUGGAGUAAACUGGCAAGAUGUAUACGAUAAAAAGCUUGUACCGCCUUUUAAACCUCAAGUGACAUCUGAGACAGACACCAGAUAUUUUGAUGAAGAAUUUACAGCUCAGACGAUUACAAUAACUCCACCUGAAAAAUAUGAUGAGGAUGGUAUGGACUGCAUGGACAACGAGAGGCGGCCACAUUUCCCUCAGUUUUCCUACUCUGCAAGCGGACGAGAAUAACUUUUUUUUUGUUUGUUCUUCUGCUUCACUGUCAUCUUAGGUUUAUCACUGAAAACAAUUCCUGAACAUCACCACCAGUACUAGCUAUUAAGAUUGCAGGGGCACUUUCAGAGGUCAUUCAAAAUUGAAAAGUUCCCUCCCUCUCCAACGGGCCUUUUUGUUUUUUGCAUGAAAUUUUGUAUCAGUCUGUCUCCUCCUGUUGCUGCUCCUCCUGUCUCAGUAUAAUAGCAACGUCAAGAAGUAAUUUUGAAAUCUUUUGAAAUAAGAUGACUUAAAUCCUUCAUUGUAUACAGUGGGGGCUCAAAGAAACAUGUGGGUUCCCGAUGCAUUUUCUCAUUUCUUCUAGAAGACAAAUCAGAAUUGUAAUUAGUCUAAAAAAGAUGAGUUUAUAAUGUUUUCUUGCAUCUGUUUGUGCUGGUCAGAACAAGAAAGGUAGGGGUGGUGAUGUAAAUAUGCAAGGUUUUUGUUAGGCAUAUCAUUACUUGAAGCAGGUCUAUGUCAUUAACAUCUGGCUGGAAUGUGUUUGGGAACCAUUUUAAUUACUGUUGGAUUCUACAGAAGAAGCAGAAGGGCUGGGCUCACCCAGCCUGCCACUUAGACUUCCAGAUUCACGUGCAAUCAUGGAGAAUUAAGCAUUCUACAUGCAAGAAACGAAGGCAUAAAAGCAGCAUUUGAAGUUGUUUAAAGGUCUUAUAAUUUGCACCAGAUAACAUCUUUCUCAUGCUUUUCUCUGUCUUUCUUGAUAUACAUCACCUCUGAUGGCUGAAGAAUGUAGACAGGCAUAAUGGUAUUGCUUUUCACCAAAAUUUGUGCACCAAGGUAAACAGGUGUUUGCCAUAUUUGUUUUUAUUUUGAGUUUGUGAAUUAGCUUUCCUCCAGGUGUUUAACUCUGAAUGAAUGAAUGAAUGAAUAUAUAUAUAUAUAUAUAUAUAUAUAUACACACACACACACACACACUGCGGUAGUAUUUAUUUUUAGUGAUAAGGAUUGUAUGCUUCAGGUUUGCAAAUGCUGCUACAUCUUAGAACAGGCUUAUAGCAGUUUGUUUUGUAAUAUAUGGAAGGACUGUACAAGCUGAAGAGAAUAACGCACUUUUUCUCCCAUGUGGAAAUUUUAAUAAGGCUCUGAAAUUGUACAUAUUACUUAGAAUUGGGCUUUUGUGGAUGAAAUACUGUCAUAAUUCUUUGGUGCUGUAGAUGAGGACAUUCCAACUCCAUGUGCCAAGAGGUCAAAAAUGCUAUGUCUGUGCUCCACUAAAGUUUAAAGUAAUAUAAAAGCCUGGCAGCACAACAGAAAUUUUUGGUUUUAUAUGGAGAAAAUGCAUUCAAACAAUUGAGACCCCAAUGAUUACAAGAAAAGCACUUUAUUGUAAUUCUACAAACAGUAGACUGAUGGUAACAUUUGACCUGAACCAAGUAGGUAAUGAAACCCAGCAUGUGAAGUAUGACAAUAACUGACUGACUGAAUUUAAACUAUCAUGGUAAACACCACACUGAAAGGAAAAUGUUGUCUUUCCAUUUCUGAAGAUCUGUAUUUAACAGGAUGUGUGCACAAAUCUUAUCUUUGUUCUUCAUUAAAGAUCAUUUGAAUAAUAAACCUUUUGGUGCUAGGAGUUGGGAUAUUCCAAAGUUGCCAGGAAGUGCAGUAAGGGUGAGUAUGUGCCCUUGCUAAUGACAUCAGAAAAUCCUGGGAUUAUUAUUGAAGUACCUUGUUAGCUCCCAUGUAGAAUGUGAUAUCUCAGUAUUAUUGAUAGCAUUGUAUCACUUAGUAAAUGACUUUUGAAAGAAGAAAUGUUCAUAUGCAGAUGCCUUAUCCUCUUGACGUUUAAAGUUGAGAUAUCUUAGCAUGAAGAUCACUGCUGGCAGUGGAUGUGCUGAGGUGGUCAAGGGGUAGAUGGGCAUUUUAGCAAGGCAGCUAAGACAGACUCAUUCAGAUAAUUUUUCAUGUUUCUACCUAAGCAAAGUUUUAUCUUUAAUAAUCGACAGAUAAGAGGUGUAUCUUUGUGUAUGCUCUAACCACAUAUGAUCUCAUCCUUUCACCUUGUAACACUACUCAUCUUUAGAGAAUGGCACUUCAGAGGGAAAGGCGCACAGUCAAUACAUCAUAGGUCUAUUCUACACUGAAAUAGUGAUGAUUUAAAUGAACUAAAUAGUAAAUAGAACAUUGACCAUUUCUCUAGAAAUGCCUCAUAGAUACAAACUAAAACUGUGUUGUUUAAAAAUCUCCAGUAUAUGCCUCCAUUUUUCCUUUUUUUCCAGUUUGUGUUAGCAAUAAAUACCUUGUGCAUUUCCUUAAGUUUAAUGAGAAGCCAGUGUUGUGCUUCGGGCUGAUGGUUCCUCAUGUGUAGGACAGGCCCUGUGGUUAGAUCAUUAUUGCUUAUGUAGUUUGCCGUAAAUAUCAAUUGUUUGAAAACUUUAAGACUUCACGCUGAAUUGCAUAACCUGUCUCCACAACUACCUUUUAUCAAGUUUAUUACAGACACAGUUAAUAUUAACUGAAUGCUGCCUGGAGUUUGGGAAUUCCUGACUUCUGCUACCAAUGUUCGAAAUAGACAAAAGAGAAAUCUCAAAGCUGUGCUGAGAGAGAUGGCUGAAACAUCUCUCUUCUGCUUGUCCUCAGCUGUAGUUUGGAUUUGGACAGCAGUCAGUAGCUGGUAUCUUGAGCCUUCCAAUCAUAGUACAUUUCAGACUUUGACUCCAGCUUGUACUGACUUCCAUGACAUACAGUAUGCCCUCUUAUACUGCAGCCAUCUUUGAGGAAAUGUGUCAUUUCUGUUUGGAUUUUGGCAGUUUUGCACAGAGCUUUGCUUUCCACACUAAUCCAAUACAUUCCUGUUGCUAAAGGAACAUUUAUUCCAGUAUUGUUUUACAUUUUUCUUUUGACAUGUCAUGUCAUCUUUAUUUGUGGCUUCUUAAAGCUGACUGUUCUUGCAGGGGCCAUGUGCUUCUCCUAGAGUACAAAAGUAAGGGCCUUCCUUACUAACUGCAGGGUCUAUGUUACACCUCAAUGUACACACUUUGCUGCUACUGUUUGUACUGUCUACAGUAGAAUUUCCUUAUCUUGCUCCUGGUAGUGCAUUACAGGCAAGCAUGAAAUGUAAAGUAUUUAUUUAAAUAAAAAAACCCUCUAAAUUGGUAAUUGAAUUACCUCCCUGUAGCUUUAGAGUUUGACAUUUCUUGAUCUUGCUAGUUCUUUCAUUAGAUACUUGCAAGAUCUAGUCAUGUGGUUAAGGAUAUUAAGCAGACAACUAUGAAACCAAGAAACUGUAUAACUGUUGGUCAUACUUAAACUGUUUAUUUCCUUAAGUAUAUGACCCACAAGGAUGUGAAAUAACUACAAGAAACUGUUUUUGUACACUGUACAUCCUUAGUAUUUUUACACGUAUAUGAUAGGGAUGCACAUUAUUUUCCUUCGUACAGACAGCUUAAAUAAAGCACUAUGUCAAUCUGCUACUUCUGUGUUUAUUAAUGCUGCUUUUCUUCUGAAGUUUUGUAAAUACGUAUGUUGAAGUUUGCUGCAAAUGAAGUACUUUUUAUAUUGGAUAUUAAAUAUAUGUAGGAUAAAAUUCCUAGCUUGUGCCGUAUACGGUGGUGAAAAUCUGCUUGCUUUAGUUUUUCAUUGUAUUGCAAAUCACAUAUGAUAUCUCAAGUGUGUGAGUUAGUUUAAACAUUACUGAUCAUGACAUCUAGUACUUUUUUUUUUUUUUUUUAAAUUUCAGGAAGAUCAUCCAGUUUUGAAAUCCGAAUGGCCCUCACCUAGUUUCUUUUUAUAAAAUAUGUACAUCAUGAUUUCCUUUUCUUAUCAUGCAUGUAAUCUGAUGGCCAAUGUACCUCGCUGUGCAGUCUCAUUGAUAAAUAUACAACCUUUAAUUUGACAUCUUUCAAAUACAAUUUGAUAUCCAGUUUCUGUCACUUAAAGUCAACAUCUACUCCUGAAAAAAGCACCAAGCUUCUUAUGACUGAGCUAAAUGUAGCAAUAGUUUUACUAGUUGUAUUUAAAUAACAUGUAUGUUACUCUAAAGGCUUUGAAUUAGCUUGGAUUCCUUUAGUCACCUAAUGAUUACAUAGGCCUUUCUUUUUACUGAAGCAUAGAUCACUACAGGGUAUACUUUAAAGAAGUUUCAGGCUGUGAUCAGGUUCGUACAGGAUGCUACCACCACGUGGGUUGAGGUGGAUUUCACCUACCUUACUUCUGUAGUUCUCUUGAAUAUAGACUGUUGUUCCAGCUUUAUGCAGGUGAUGUGAAUUUAACCUUUAGAGAGUGAUGCACCAUGCAAGUGUUUGUUCUGUAAGUACUUAUUUAUUAAGGUAUGUUAGCAUUUUAAUCACCUAGGAAAGAAUUUAUCUGGUCCGUGAAAGCUAAUUUUUUAAAGCUUUGAUUUGAGUGCUAACCAAGAGCUCAUGCAAAUUACUUCAUAUUAUAAAACACUUAGCAUUAGAUGAGAACUUAGCCUUGUACAAGAUUUCUUCAGUUAUUUAAAGGAAAAAAUUUCCAGUUAGCUACAUAUCUUGAAAACUUCCUUCCCCUUAUUACUAAAGGUGACCAGCAUAUAUAAGGUGUUAUAUGCCAAAAGAUAACUGCACAGCUUCCCCUCAAAUUCAAAAUGACACACACACAAAAAUCAAGGUAAGUUUAUUGGUAUUUACAUAUGUAACAAGACACACCUGCUGGAAUAAGUUACAAAAUACAUUUAAAAUAUUUUCUUAAAAAUUACACAAACUAAAUGUUAAAUGCAUCCUGUGCACCUGCAAUUUUAACUUGAUCUUGAGCCUAACCACUUCACAGGAAGAACUUGGGAAAACUCGCAUGCUGGAAGUCUUAUUUCAAACUUUGGAAAGGUGUUCGCAUUCAAAAAGGUUUAAUGAUUUAAAUGCUAUGUGUGAAACAGCUAAAGUAAAUCAACUGAACUGAACCAGCAAGAGUUUUUUCACUUGAAACAUUGCUUUGGGUCAGCUUCAACCAAGUCAGCAUUCAGACUGGUACACAGGGUAACUGAAAGAUAAAAAAAAAUAUGGGAUUAUAAAUAA